AUGGCCGAUUACUCGGUCUACCAAAGGGGAGCCGGCCAGACCUUUUACCCGCAACACGCGCAGAACAUACGAAACCUCCCCAACCGAGUGCGCUCGCCCACCAAUAGCGCCCGCAUACCCUUUCCCAACCCCGACACACCUUCUCCCUCGCGCUCUCCAGGCCGACAGUCCCCGCAGCAGUUCGGCAUGUUCAAUCAAGGCCAUGGGCACCAGGGCCACAAUGUCAUGAUGAACGGGCGGGCAGGCCACCAGGGCUAUGCGCUGCAGAUGAAUCUGGGCAAGCCCUUUCAACACAACCAAAACCACCAGCACCAUGGUCACACCCACCCGCAGCACCAGGAACACGCUGGCGGGGCCCACAACGGACAAUACAAUCACCAGCACAACAUCUCCAGUGGCGCCAUGGCCAACGCGCAGCCCCACUUUGCGCAGAGCCUCCUUCAAAACGGCACACCUGGCAGCGUCCACAGCGGCCUCAGCAAGCCCCCGAACGAACACUGGGCAGAGCAGUUGCGACAGGCACAAACCGCGCGCGAGAUGACACAGUCGCACUCGCAUGCCAGGAUUCACCCGAGUGUCAGCAAGAGCAUCGUAGCAGGGACAACAAACGGCAUGCAGAAGGAGUCGGACAAGGAGGAGCGCAAUAGGCCUGCGGCUCAGCGGGUGGAGGAUGCGAAAGAGAAUCAUAUCUGGACUAUCCUCGAUUUCGGUGGACAGAACCUGAAGGUCAUUACGCCCGCGUUGUUCAACUACACCUUUUUGACCAAGCUCUACGUGAAUUGCAACAAACUCUCCUACAUUCCUCAGAACAUCGGCCAGCUACGGAAUCUCACCCACUUGGAUCUCUCCCUGAACAAUCUGCAGUACCUGCCACCAGAGAUCGGCAUGUUGGUCAAUCUGAAGCAGCUGCUCGUCUUCGACAACAACCUUGACAAUCUCCCAUACGAACUGGGCUCUCUGUAUCAACUGGAGAUGCUGGGCAUUGAGGGUAAUCCCAUUCCGGACGAUCUGAAGCAGAUCAUUAUGGAGCAGGGGACCACGGAAUUGAUCAAGCAUUUCCGUGAGACAGCGCAAGGGCCCGAAGCACCACCGGAGCGAGACUGGAUCGUGCUCGACGAGAUUCAAGAUCCCACGCAAGAGACUGUAACAGCAUUGAGCUACAACAUACUGUGUGACAAAUACUGUACGCAAUCACAGUACGGGUACACACCAAGCCAAGCGCUGGCCUGGGAAAACCGCAGAGAGAACAUUCUCGGUGAACUGCGGGAACGGAACGCCGACAUUGUGUGUUUGCAGGAGAUCGACCAGGACAGCUUCAAUGAGUAUUUCAGGGAAGGACUGGCCCAUAAUGACUACAAGGGAGUCUUCUGGCCAAAGUCAAGGGCGCGGACCAUGGCAGAGCGAGAGGCCAAUCGCGUCGAUGGAUGUGCCAUCUUCUUCAAGAACAGCAAGUACAUCUUGCUUGACAAGCAGCUCAUUGACUUCGCCAAUACCGCUAUCAACAGGCCAGACAUGAAAGGAGAACACGACAUCUUCAACCGUGUCAUGCCUCGAGAUGACAUUGGCGUCGUGGCGUUCCUCGAAAACCGCGCCACUGGCACAAGGUUCAUUGUGGGGAACGUACACGUCUUCUGGAACCCCGCUUUCACGGAUGUAAAGAUCGUGCAGGUCGCCAUUCUCAUGGAAGGGAUCGCAAAGUUUGCCAACAAGUGGGCCAAGAUGCCUGCUUGCAACGACAAGGUUGUCUUUCGCUUCACAAACGGUGAUAGCGAAGAGGGCAGGGAGCUCGAUCCUACACAGGAGCCGGGGCCGUCGAAGGAGUAUACAGAUGGCUCGCAGAUACCGUUGCUGUUGUGCGGCGAUUUCAACUCGAUGCCUAAUGACGGUCUUUGCGACUUGAUAUCGCAGGGCACUUUAUCCAACACGCACAAGGAUCUGGGCGGUCGAAAGUACGGCAACUUUACAAGAGACGGCAUAUCACACCCCUUCAGCCUCAAAUCCAGCUACUCGGCCAUUAACGAACUGGCCUUUACAAACUACACUCCUGGCUUCGUAGGUGUCCUCGACUACAUCUGGUACUCGACGAACACGCUCCAGGUGGUCGGCCUACUCGGCGACAUCGACAAAGACUAUCUUCGCCGGGUACCUGGAUUCCCAAACUACCACUUCCCUAGUGACCACGUUGCCUUGUACGCGCAAUACAUUGUCAAGGGUCGGAAAGAAAAGAAAGUGCAGGAAGUGGACUUUGGACCGAGUCGGGAUCGGGACCGGGAUCGCAGGUCUUGA